AACCGUGUCUGUCCUUUGACGCUUACGUAAGGCCGGGAGGUAGUUCCGCUUCCGGCGUGGGGAUUUUCGUUCGUGGUGUUCAGUUGUCGCGGUUGGUGGGCAGUAACUGAGUCACGAUGCUGCGGAAUGUGCUGGCUCUUCGUCAGAUUGCCCACAGGACCAUCAGCACUGCUUCACGCAGGCAUUUUGAAAAUAAAGUUCGGGAGAAACAAAAGCUGUUUCAGGAGGAUAAUGGAAUUCCAGUGCAUCUAAAGGGUGGGGUGACUGAUGCCCUUCUGUAUAGAGCCACCAUGGUUCUUACAGUUGGUGGAACGGCAUAUGCCCUGUAUCAGUUGGCUAUGGCUUCGUUUCCCAAGAAGCAGAAUUGACUGCAGUCAUACCAACAACUUUCAUUCAGCUCUCUAUGGACCAGUAAUGUGAUGAAUAACUGAGCUCUGCUUUGGGGAUCAAUAUUUAUUGACUUGUACUCUCUGCCACCAAUAAAGCAGUCUUUACCAUG